GUACAAAAGCAGGCGUCGUCGCCAGCCACGCCGCCACCCCCAUUAUCGUCGACAUGUUCCUCAGCACUUGGAAGGUUGCACUCAACACCACCAGAAAUAUUCUCACCGUGGUGUCGAACCAACUAGACGCAAGAGUCACUUGAACCGAAAUCAGUUGUUACCACACGCCAUCACCCAGGAUGGAGACAGAGACGAGGUCUCGACCCGAGCUGCGUCCGGUUUGGACCGGCCGCGGCGAUCACCCCCAGCCCUCUCCCGGAACCACCGCGCUCUCUGCGACGAGCCCUCUUUACUCGGCAUCCUUGAGUUUGCCCAGCCCUAUGCACCCAACACCGCCUGGCUAUGACCCCAUGAGAGCCCACGAGCGAGCUUUGGUGGAUAGGCUGGACCGCGUAGAUCCUCGGGGGAGGCGGGGAUCCCAGCAGUCGCCAACCACGGCCCGGUCGCUCUCCCCCAUAUCCGAGCAAAACCCAGAUGCUCGACGCGGGUCUGCCGCCAGCUUACCCUUGCCCCGUGCUCCGGCACCCUCUCCGCUGUCUCCCAAGCUCAUGCAGUACACCGGCCCGCAGACCCUCGCGGCCCGAACGAGAGAGAUCCUGCUCGGGGGGUUGCCUGACGGACUACCACGAUCGCCGUUGACACCCGCCAUCACUAGCGCCAUCGACGACCGCCGCCACUCGCUCCCGGCAUUAUCCUCCCCUAGUGGGCGGCGUAACAGCCAACAAAUCCGAGAAGGCCUCCAGGAUUGGGGCCAUGUAUACUUUGGCAACAAGGCCAUCGCCGACUGCUUAGUGUCGGCCGUCGCUCUUCGGAGACAUAGCGACAGCUCCUCGACAGACGGUGAUGCGGCAUCCCUGGAACGGCCGUCCGGGGACAGCAGCCAGCUCACCAUUCGUGCACGCGUGAGACCGUGCGCGCUCAAUCGGGAACCUUUUCUCCUUCGGCGGACAUUCGAUAUGGAUGGGCUUAGGGCUACCAUCCCGGAGCUGCCGCCCCCAUCGGCUGGACCUAGGCGGCCUUCCAGUGAGCUUCCUCUCCGGAGCCCUCUUCCAACCGGCAGGCGGCGUUCAUCGGUGGCGGCCAGCGCCAAGCACGGUCUAGAUCGCGACAGAUCUCACGUCCAGAGCACAAAUACAGUGCCGAUCCAUGCCAAGUAUGCACGCGCUUUCUUCCCCGUCCUGGCCGCGUUUCUCUAUUCAGGCCACAUCGAGAAGGGCGACAUAAUCGACCUGCCCAUGCCUAACCCGAAGGUAUGGGCUCAGACGGUGGCACACGUUUACACCGGCCAGGGAGAGCUCACGGAGGCAAUCAAACAAAACAUCGAGUACCUCGGAGGGAAAGCGUGAGAUAAGAGCGUGGGGCGCACGAAAUCAUUCUUCUUUGCCGUCAUCGCUCACAUGAUCUGGGACUGCCCCUGACUACUAAUCGACCCCUCUCAUCAUGUACUUUUGUAUGGCGGGCCUUGCCCUGGACUUCCGCAGUAUGUCUUUGAUGGCGAAAUACAUUGCUAGUGAGAACCCGCGUUUACCCUUCCGUCGUGUACCGUGUAAGUCGCGCUGACCGGAAUAUGUGCUCCGUGUUUGCUAUCGAGAUGGCGUGUCCGAGUUGUGGCCAUCGAUUGAAAGUGCCUGCUGGUUGGAAAUACAAGACUGCGCCCUCCCGCGGGUAAG